UUUCAUCCAAAUUCUGUGAAAGUCUCUGCUUCAAUUAUCUGAAUUCUGAAACGGUGAUGACGUCCUUACAUUCAUGGAUUGCAACAACAAUGAUAACAAAUUCUGUUCUCACUUUCUCCUCCUCAGCGUCAUCUUCUUCUUCUUCCAAUCGUUCAAAAUACCAUUCGAAUCCUUCAUCAUCUUCUCCCACUCGUCUCAUCUGUCGAUGCGAAAACCUCAACAGUGACCUCAAAUUUUUCCUCCAUGAUGCCCUCGAUGAUUCCGGAAUCGAUACCAAACAUGCCAGGAAGGCGAGAGAGGGCUUCUGCUCUCAGAUUCAGAGGUUAUCGAAUGUGGAGAGGGAGACAAGCAUUUGCAUCAAUAGAAGGGUUGAUUUGGCGAAAACAGCUCUACUCAUUGCUGCCGAAGAUGAUUCCAUCGUAUCCCACUCUUCGGUGCCUCUGCCAGUUGAUUCCUUUAUUGAAAGAUUGGACAAUCUUUCAAUGGGUUAUUGCUCGCUUAACGGCUCGUCCUUUCGAUUGCCGCAGGAGGAAUUCCUUGCCUGUCUUGAGAGAUAUUUGUAUGUUCAGAAGGAAUUUCGAAGAACAAAUAUCAAAAACCAGGCAGAGCCACGGGCUUUAUAUCUCCACUCAGUUUUGACCCAUCGUUCAGGUUCAGCUGUUAUGCUUUCACUUAUUUAUUCAGAACUGAUAAAAAUGCUACGGUUGUGGGGAUUUCUGAAUUUUGAUGUAGAGAUUUUCUUCCCUCAUGAUGUUGUCAGUCUUCCCAAAGGUUACUGUAAACAGAAAAGCAAAGCAUCUGAUCAGCCACAUAUAAUGACAACACAGUCCCUCUUGGUGGCGAUCCUGAGAAAUCUGAAGGAAGCAUUCUGGCCAUUCCAGUCUGAUCAUACCAGGAGCCUAUUCUUGAGGGCUGCCCAUGCUGCUAACUGCAUUGAUGGAGCAAGCAUUGCAGAAGAAAGCGGUUUUGAGCUUGCAUCUGCUAAAGCUGCUCGACAUAGGUUAGAUCGUGGAGUCUGGACUAGUGUACGUUACGGAGAUAUGCGCCGUGCAUUAUCAGCCUGUGAACGUCUGAUCUUGCUGGACUUCGAUUCUGAUGAAUUGAGAGAUUACAGCAUUUUACUUUAUCAUUGUGGAUUGUAUAAGGAAUCUCUACAGUACCUACAAAAGUAUCAAUCCCUGAAGAAUUCUUCCAUACAAAAACAAUCUUCCGACGCUGUAAGCAACCUGGAGAACUAUGCUGUGGAGAAACUGAUGGUUCGUCUCAAACUCAUUUCCCUGGAGGAAGGUUGGAACAAACCUCCUUAUGUUAAUAAAGGUAUCUUCAGUAAAAACUCUGAACCAUGGUAGUGUACAUCCCAAUCGCCUUCAAUCAGUUUUUCAGUGAACCCAGUGCCUGCACACAUUAGAUCACUGAUGCGUUAUAUAGGUUUUAACUCUGAUCCUCAAUGCAUGUUUAAAGUGUAAGUUGUUCUACUUGUGCAUUAC